GACGAAGGUUCUGGGGGGGACAGUUGGGGUCUCCAGUAGGUAGACCACUGUGCAGACUGAGCGAGCUACUUCUUGGCACAAGGCCUUGGGUAGGCAGGGGGCGAAGUCCUAGCAGAAGUGUGGAGGGGAGGCUGGAGGAAGUGGCUGGGCCUGAGCUGGCACUGUGCCUGACACAGGGGCCCGUGCAUCCCCCCUGCCCUCAGCCUACCUCCUGAAGUCCCUGCUCGGGGGCGGGGACCCUCCUCUUCUUCCAACUGUUCUGUUCUCUGACCCCUGGUUACCUGUGGCCGGGAAAGGAAGAACCCGUGCCUGAGCCUAGGAGUGGAAGCCAAACCCGGGGGAUAGGAUUGAUCUUAGUUCUGGGAAUCAGAUGUAUUUCCCUUGUGUGCAGAUACGAGGUGGCACUAGGCUUCUGCUACUGUAUCUUUCCCUUCUUGAAUUGUCGGGCGGUCAGGGGUGCGCCUGCCUUCCAGACCCACUGCCGACAAAGAAUUCCUGAGGUUCUUCACAGUCCUCUGGCGACUGCACCCUGACUGGCCCCUGUAACCUAGAGAAUUUGUUUACAGAAAGUUCAGGAGCCCUGGAAAGGAGAAGGAAUAAGACGACAGGAGGAAGAGAGAGAGAGGGUAGAAUGGAAGAAUCUCACUUCAAUUCUAACCCGUACUUCUGGCCUUCCAUCCCCACGGUCUCAGGACAGAUUGAGAACACGAUGUUCAUCAACAAGAUGAAGGAUCAGCUGUUGCCGGAGAAGGGCUGUGGGCUGGCUCCGCCUCACUAUCCCACCUUGCUGACGGUGCCUGCCUCGGUGUCUUUGCCCUCGGGCAUCAGCAUGGAGACAGAGUCCAAGUCAGACCAGCUGACGCCACACAGUCAGGCGUCCGUGACCCAGAACAUCACGGUGGUCCCUGUGCCGUCUACAGGACUCAUGACUGCUGGAGUCUCCUGUUCUCAGAGGUGGAGAAGAGAAGGGAGUCAAUCAAGGGGUCCGGGUUUGGUAAUCACGUCCCCCUCAGGCUCUCUUGUGACCACAGCCUCAUCAGCUCAGACCUUCCCCAUUUCGGCUCCCAUGAUUGUCUCAGCUCUUCCCCCUGGCUCACAAGCCCUGCAGGUGGUCCCUGAUCUCUCCAAGAAGGUAGCAUCAACCCUAACAGAGGAAGGAGGUGGAGGCGGAGGUGGAGGUGGCAGUGUGGCUCCCAAGCCCCCCCGGGGUCGAAAGAAGAAGCGGAUGCUGGAGUCGGGGUUGCCUGAGAUGAAUGACCCUUAUGUCCUCUCCCCUGAGGAUGAUGAUGACCAUCAGAAAGACGGCAAGACCUACAGGAGCGAAGGGAACUGCGGCACAGGAAAUGGACAGAGCCUUGGGCUCAUGGAUUCAGUUCCUGGCUCCACCACGAACUUGCUGUGUGACCCUGGGUGCCGGAUGUGCUCCCUGACAUUCUACUCAAAGUCGGAGAUGCAGAUCCACUCCAAGUCACACACCGAGACCAAGCCCCACAAGUGCCCACAUUGUUCCAAGACCUUCGCCAACAGCUCCUACCUGGCCCAGCAUAUCCGUAUCCACUCAGGGGCUAAACCCUACAGUUGUAACUUCUGUGAGAAAUCCUUCCGCCAGCUCUCUCACCUUCAGCAGCACACCCGGAUCCACUCCAAGAUGCACACGGAGACCAUCAAGCCCCACAAGUGCCCGCACUGCUCCAAGACCUUCGCCAACACCUCCUACCUGGCCCAGCACCUCCGUAUCCACUCGGGGGCCAAGCCCUACAACUGUUCCUACUGCCAGAAGGCCUUCCGCCAGCUCUCCCACCUCCAGCAGCACACACGAAUCCACACCGGUGAUAGGCCGUACAAAUGUGCACACCCAGGCUGUGAGAAAGCCUUCACACAGCUCUCCAACCUACAGUCCCACAGACGGCAACACAACAAAGAUAAACCUUUCAAGUGCCACAACUGUCAUCGGGCGUACACAGAUGCAGCCUCACUAGAGGUCCACCUAUCUACGCAUACGGUGAAGCACGCCAAGGUGUACACCUGCACUAUCUGUAGCCGGGCGUAUACAUCAGAAACAUACCUUAUGAAACACAUGCGCAAACACAACCCUCCUGAUCUCCAGCAGCAAGUACAGGCGGCGGCGGCGGCAGCAGCAGUAGCCCAGGCCCAGGCACAAGCCCAAGCCCAGGCACAAGCCCAGGCCCAGGCACAAGCCCAGGCCCAGGCCCAGGCCUCCCAGGCAUCGCAGCAGCAGCAGCAGCAGCAACAGCAGCAGCAGCAACAGCAGCAGCCACAACCACCACACUUCCAGUCUCCUGGGGCAGCCCCCCAGGGUGGGGGUGGUGGGGACAGCAACCCUAACCCUCCACCCCAGUGUUCCUUUGACCUGACCCCCUAUAAGACGGCGGAGCAUCAUAAGGACAUCUGCCUCACUGUCACCACCAGCACCAUCCAGGUGGAGCACCUGGCCAGCUCCUAGAGAUCCGUGCUACCGCCCACUGGGAAGAGGAGGAAGAAGUUCUGGUCCCUUCUUUCUCCAACUCCUCUUGGUAGAAAAAGUCCUCUUCUUCUUGACAAGCCUUGGCUACGUCUCCUUGGGCCUCAGGCACGGCUUUUUCAUCAUAAGACAUCAUCCUUACUCUCCACUCCUCUUCAAAAGGAACAUCAGCCUUCCUGAUUGGCAAAGGAAUCCUGAGCUGAUGGUGAACCCAGCAGCUUCCCCUCCCAAGCAAAGCUUUUAAGUUGGGGGUUGGUGCUCACGGGAAGGAUUGCUAUGACCUCAAAAGAACUUGCCCUUUGUGGGUAUUUGCCCUAACCCUCCUCAUCCUCAAAAUUUGGGCUGAUGUGGACUAGAGGCUGGCCCUUCCUGAUCACAGAGAAGAGGGAGCCCUAGCUGCAACCAACCUCCUGUUCUGUCCUUGCCGGCAAAAGAACAGAGGCUUUUCAUGUGCCCGAAUCCCUGAGAGCCAUUCUCUUCCUCCAUGAUCUCGCUUCACGAUUGGGGGGAAUUAGACCUUUUCUUUCUAAGGGGGCAGGGGCUGAGAUGUGGUCCCCAAGGGGCCAGAGGUGGUGAAGGGUGGCUUGGAAGUGUGGGUUAUGGUUUUCCUUGGAGCCUCUCCCCCCUUCUCAGCCAGCCAAGGCCCUAUACACUCAGUCUACCUAUCCCAAACCCCAAGGAGCUGUGGGAUUUUGUGUUCUCUGAAACUCCAAAACAAAGGGUGUUGCAGAGAAGGGGAGAGUCAGGGCAAACACACGGACUGGACUUAGCUCCCCAGGUGCCACGGUCAGAUGCCGGACACGGAUUUAUAUAUAAAUAUAUAUAUAAAUAUAUAUAUACCCACUCAUCACGGCCAUCUUUGUUGUAACCAUUUCUGUGUUUAUAAAUGCAUUAUCUCUGAGAAUUUUCAUAUUUGAUGUUUUGUUUAUUUUUGUCUUUUUUUUCUCCACCCUGUCCUCUGGCCAUGACAUUUUUCUUUCCUUUUGACUUUUUAAAAAAAAAAAUCAUGGCAGAUUUCAGAGAAAAGAGAAAAUUAAAAAAAAAAAUCAGGAAACAAGUUGUUAUAAAGCGAUUUAAAAAUGAAGAAAAAAAGAAACUUAUGUACAAACUAAGGGGUGUUUUUAGAACAUUGUAUAGAAAUAAAUU